AGGAUGUUUAAUAUCCGAUGUUUAAUUAUCCCGGCAAUGAUUUAACUCAGCUUAGAAGCGCCCUCUUAUAUAUUUAAUCAGAAGUUCACUUAAUCCUAAAACACACCUUACACGCAAAACAACCCAUAAUAUAGUUUUAAUCGUAAAAAAAAUAAUAAGAAUACACAAAAAUAUUGACUUGUUUGAUAACAGAAAAGUUUUUUUAGUAGUAAAAGUAGUUUUAACCAUUGAUAAAAACAUGUUUAUCAAUGAACUUCCAGACGAUUGUUUGUUAAUCAUUUUCAGCUUAAUAAAGGAACUGGAUGAUUUAUUAAACUGCUAUAAAGUUUGCAACAAAUGGAGCCAUUUGAUUGCAGAGCGGACUAGAAAAGUUAAAUAUUUGGUUGACCGUCGAGAUUGGUGGGAUGGUGUAACAUCUCCAAGUUAUUCGUUUGAUUAUGCUUAUUAUCGACCACAGGAACCAAUUGAUGCAACUUGUUUGAGCGCAUUAUUUCCUAAUUCAAUAAUUACAGAUUUACCUUAUCGAACCUGUAUAGUAGGAAAAAAUGAAGUUAUUCUAACAUUGUUCAAAAGGAUAAUAUCUUUGUAUGCUAAAAUUCAUCAAAAUGACAGAGAUGAAUCAAUUUUCCAAUAUUGUGAUGCACUCGAAAUGUUAUCCACCGGUCACAUUGAUCCAGUCAUGAAAAAGAUUGGUGGUAAUAUUAAACAAUUGCACCUUUGGAAUUAUACUCUGAACAGAUUCAAGGAAGAUGCACAUUAUUUUCCGAAUAUUGAAAGACUGUCUAUUUCUAAUAAUGAAGGCAGCCCAGAUUGGCUUUACGAUGGUCCCAUAUUCAAAAGGCUAAAAAUAGUUGAAAUGCAAUUAUCAUCAUAUGAUGGUACAGACACUAAUUAUGCUUUCCAGUUCAUGGAUUCAUGUCCAAACUUACAGAGUGCUCAUAUUAAAUUGGACUCCAACCACAUUCAUGUUGAUGAAUCAUUAAAACACGAAUCUUUGCAAGAUUUAGUUUUACAUUUUUAUUCGGAAAGUGUCGCCUGGAAUGAAUUGAAAAGAUUGUUCAUUAAAUAUCCAAAUCUUAAACAUCUUGCACUGAGGAACCACAAUAGCCUGGUAGAUGGACAUGUGGAGCAUUUGGUUCGUAUUUUACCCAAUUUAGUUUUAUUUGAUAUUCGUGGUUGUCCAGGAGUCACCCAAAAGUCUGCUGAUUAUGUUGAAGAUUAUUGCAAACUAUAUGGACGAUUAAUCAAGUUUUAUUUUGAUAAGAAUCGACAUGAGCUUGGACUAGAUUGGCCUCAGUUGUCCACUAAGCGUGAAAAAAUAAGUCAAGGUUUUGAUUUCAUGAAACAUUGUUUCCUUAAAAGUUAUCUUGAGCUUCCUACUUUCUUAGUCUCUAGCGAGGACUAAAUAACAAAUGAACUCUUGAAAUCUAUUACAAUUCAAAUUCUCUACAAACAGUCAUAUGAUAACAAUCAAUUAAGCACAGUGUGUUAAGGUUUCUACGUUUCUGUUGCUUGAGAGUGAGUUAUUAAAACGAAACUUGAAAGACGCAUGAGAAGAACAGAAAAAUGUCGUAAAUCUCCAAUCAACAUGAAUACAAUCGGAUGAUAUACCAUUGAAUAGCUUUCAAUUUGCUAAUAGCGUUGCCAUUGAGCACAAAUUUUAUAAAAUGUAAUUUUGUUUCUCAAUAACCAUUUCGAUUGCGCGAUCAAAUGCGUCAAGACAAAAGCCCUCUUAGACUCGCUGAUUGAUUAAAAUGUCAUAUAAUGAGCGAUGAGUGAUUGAAAAGGCCAAAACUCAAUUAAAUGAUAGAUUUCAAUUUCGAUUGAUUUAACUGUUUUAUUGAUGAAAUUGCAUUGUUGAUAAUCAAAAAUAAAGUCUUAAAGUUCAUAAAUGAA